AUGGCAUCAGGUCGGGAGAAGGUUGGCGAACUCUUCAAAGCUCUGAAAGCAGCAACCGAUUCACAUAAGCAUUACGUUAAAGAAUGCAUGGACGGAGCAGGAAUGGAUCGGCAUCUCUUGGCAUGGAAUCUUUUGGCAGCAGAGAAUGGGCUGCCUAAGCCAAGUAUUCUACAGACUUCCGCUUACGAGCAUUUGGCUCACUUCCAAGUGUCAACCAGUCAGGUACCCACUCGCCAUUUGAUCCAGCUAUUCUUCGGUCCGUCUGCCCCAGAUUGUUACGGUGUUUGUUACAAUCCACAAGAAAAGGAAUUGCAUUUUGCUAUCACUAGCUAUAGGAGCUGCGGCUCGACAAGUGCCAAACGGUAG